AUGACAAGUUCCACAACUAGCACUUCAACACAACAAGUGCUAACCUCCCUUAUUUACAAUGGGAUUGUGUUCGGUGCUUUUAUUGCUGGUUUUAUUCUGCUUAGAAUAAAACUGAAAAGAAUAUAUACUCCAAAAUCUUCUUUCCAAUUGAUUAACGAGGAGAAGAAACCUGAACCUCUCCCAUCUGGACUAUGGCAAUGGUUUUUGCCAUUAUUAAAGAAAUCUGACAAUUUUGUCAUACAACAAGCUGGAUUAGAUGGUUAUUUCUUUCUUCGUUAUCUAUUCAUUAUAUCUGCAUAUUGUGCAGUUUCUAUCCUUUACGUUUUUCCAAUUCUACUUCCUAUAAAUGCUGCAAAUGGUAAUAAACAAAGUGGUUUGAAUCAAUUGGCCUAUCAAGACGUUAAGGACCCCAACCGUUACUAUGCCCACGUUUUCGUAGGAUGGAUCUUCUUCUGGUGUUUCCUCUUUAUCAUCUACCGUGAGUUAAUCUACUACACUUCUAUGAGACAAGCUGUGUUGGCUACACCAAGAUACGCCAAGAAACAGUCUUCUAGAACGGUUCUAUUUCAAACGGUUCCUUCUCAAUAUUUAAGUGAAGAGGAAUUUACGAAACUAUUUGACGGUGUUAAGCGUAUAUGGAUUGCAAGAGGGGCUGGCAAUUUGGGUAAAUUGGUAGACAAGAGAGAUAAAAUGGCUAUGAAACUAGAAGCUGCUGAGACCAGUUACCUGAAGAAAGCAGUUAAAUCGGUAAAGAAGAUGAAAAAGAAAAAUCCAAGUCAAAUUAUAUCCAAUAGCAUAAGAGACUACAUUCCUGACAAGAAAAGACCAAAACAUGGGUUGACAAUCUGGGCAAGAUUUUUCUUCGGUAAAAAAGUAGAUACAAUUGAUUACAUAAAAGAAGAGUUACCAAAGUUAAAUGCUGAGAUCAAAGAUUUACAAGACAAUCAUAUGGACAGUCAACCAUUCAAUUCAGUCUUUAUUGAAUUUGAAUCUCAAUAUCAGGCACAAAUUGCGGCUCAGAUUGCGACACAUCAUAUUCCAUUAUCUAUGGCUCCCGUACAUAUUGGUCUAGAACCCGAUGACGUCGUCUGGUUCAACAUGAGGAUGUUCUGGUGGGAACGUUUAGUUAGGGAGGUUGGUUCUUUGCUUGCGAUCGUGGCAUUGAUUAUUUUAUGGGCUUUCCCAGUUGCGUUCGUUGGUAUGGUUUCAAAUCUUACUUAUCUAACAAAUAAAUUACAUUGGUUAAAUUUCAUUUACAAUUUACCAAGCGUUUUACUAGGUUUAUUGACUUCUUUAGCACCUACCAUCGCAUUAUCUUUAUUGAUGUCUUGUUUGCCCGUUAUAAUCAAAAUAUUUGCAAGAAUACAUGGUAAUGUGUCGAGUCAGCAAAUUUCCUACUUUACACAAAAUGCCUAUUUUGGUUUCCAGGUUAUCCAAGUGUUCUUAGUUACAACUAUUGCAUCAGCAGCUACAUCUGCAGUUACCCAAAUUGUCGAAAAUCCCUCAAGUGCGAUGACAAUUCUGGCAUCUAACUUACCAAAAGCAUCUAAUUUCUAUAUUGCUUAUAUCAUUUUGAAGGGAAUGUCUGGUGCCGGUGGCGCUUUGUUACAAUAUGUACCAUUAGCUAAAUUUUACGCAUUGGGUUUCCUCGAUUCUACAGCAAGAAAGAAAUGGAACCGUUUCCAUAAGUUAUCCACUAUGGAUUACGGUAAGACUUUUCCAGUAUAUUCGAAUUUAACGGUUAUUUUAUUCUCGUAUUCUAUUAUCUCACCUAUAAUUCUGCUUUUCGGUGCAGCAGGAUUUUUCUUAUUAUACGUCGCCCAUCUCUACAAUUUAACAUAUGUUUAUGCAGAAGCCCCCGACGCCAGAGGUAUUCACUAUCCAAGAGCUAUAUUCCAAACUCUGGUAGGUAUCUAUAUCGGUCAGGUUUGUCUGUUGGGUCUAUUUGUCGUAGGUAAAGGGUGGGGUCCAAUUGUCCUGCAAAUUGUUUGCAUAUUUGUGACAAUUGUUGUCCAUCUUUAUUUGAACAGAAGUUUUGAUAAUUUGAUCAAGAUUGUUCCUGUUGACACAAUGAAACCGCUUGAUGGAAAGUCCGAUACCCCAUCGUUCAAAAAUAUUUAUAACAAUAAGAACCAUAAACACACAGAUGAUAUUAAUGAAUUACCGCAAUUUCCAAUUCGUAAGUACCAUCCAAACAAUGCUAAUUCUAGUAGCUACACCAGAUCCGAUUUAAAGUCAGCAAGUCUCUUCAGUGAAAAUACUUUAGAUUAUCACUACGACCCAAGAGUUAAAGAUUCAGAAAAUAUCAUUGCCUCAGUCCCACUACUUGCUGAUGGCGAUACCAUGAAGGUCCCUGAUGCGCCUUGGUGGAAGAGGUUUUUCUUACCUCAUAUCUAUUGUUCAUAUAAGGUUGUGAAAAGUAGGUUACCCGCAAUUUACGGUUUGGCCGAUCCAAAUGAGAGGGUUGAUAAGGAUGCUAUUGCUCAUGCAUACGAUUAUCCAGCGGUCAGUGCGAAAUGUCCUUAUCUAUGGGUCCCACAUGAUCCAUAUGGAUUUUCCACAGAGAUCAUAAGAGAUCUAGAAGGUAUUGUUGAAAUAUCUGAUGAAGGUGCCUUAAUUAACGAAAAUGCAAAAAUUCAAGUUGUGGGUGAACCUCCAGCUUAUGAAGACAUUAUCGAAGGUUCGUACGAGUCAGACAAGGAAAGCUCAAAAACAAAUCCUUUCACCACUCCCUUUGAUAAAAAUUAA